AUGAUGCAUUUAGGCGAAGAUAUAAGCAAUGUGGUCCAACUGCCAGAAGGAGUAACACCAUUUAUUCAUAUUACUCAAAAUGUAUUUUUAAGACGAAAACAUAAGAAACUGAAAGAAGACAAUAUUGCUAUUUGUCAAUGCAACUAUGAUACUAGUGAUCCAGAAAGUGCGUGUGUAGAAAGAUGUUUGAAUGUACUAACCAACACUGAAUGUACACCGGGAUACUGUCAGUGUGGUGAUACUUGCGAAAAUCAGAUAUUCCAGAAACGUGAAUAUGCAAAAACUAAGUUGUUCAGAACUAACGGACGUGGUUGGGGUCUUUUAGCUGAUGAGAAUAUAAAGGCAGGACAGUUCAUCAUCGAAUACUGUGGAGAAGUGAUAUCAUCUGAAGCAGCAAAAAAACGGUCUCAUGUUUAUGAAGCUCAUGAGGUCAAGGACACGUACAUGAUUUCUCUAGAUACUAAUUAUGUCAUUGACUCAACGCGGAAGGGAAAUUUUGCAAGAUUCUUAAAUCAUUCAUGCCGACCAAAUUGUGAAACGAGGAAAUGGACUGUCUUAGGGGAAACAAGAUUAGGAAUAUUUGCAAUGAAGGAUGUAUCUGUUGGAAUGGAGCUGACAAUUAAUUAUUAUUUUGAGUGGUACGCUGGUGCAACUGUUCGUUGUCUGUGUGGAGCUGCAAACUGUUGUAUUUUUUUGGGUGCUAAGUCUCAACGAUUCAAGGAGUACAAUCAUGUCUGGAAAGACGGGAAUGACAGAUAUAAGGUGGAACCAAGUAAUAGGUCACAUAAGAAUUAUAAUAUUGUAUCUGGUUCAACAACGAAGAUGAAGUCUCAACGCAUUCCCAAGUGGAAGAAGUCACGGUGCACACCCAAAUGGAAGGUCAAAUCUUCCAGUCGUAAACAAGUCAUCAAAGGAAGCACGAGAAGAAGUCACCAAGUACGAGGGGAUAAAAAAACGAAGUCACUUUGA